AUGGACGACUCUUUCCAGUUUAUCAUUGAAUCUCCUCAAAACACACAAGGUCAUAAGAAGCGUCCUCGUCUCGUCACGUCUUGUGAUAAUUGCCGUCUGAAAAAGAUCAAAUGCUUACAACCUACUCCUGAGGGGAAAUGUGAAGCUUGUAGAGCGGCAAAGAUCCAAUGUCGAUUCCGAGAUAGAGAACGAUACUUUGCUGAGCGAAGUCGCUCUAUUGCUGGGCCUGGAGCCUCUUCUAGUGAACAAAGGUCAACUUUCUUUGAGUAUAACGCGUACAUCGACGUAACGUUGCUUUCUCUUAGAUCCGACAGUGCUGCAGAUGGGUUUCCGGUAGCCUCUAGUUCUUCCAGUCCUGCGCUUUCAUCUUAUUCUAUUCCUCGUUCGGUGUCUCAUUCACCCAAGGCUAACGGCGUUGUCGGCGCGGAUGACAAUGGCAGUGUUCGAUACUCUCCCUAUGCCCCAGAUCCCCGACGGUCGGUAGAAUAUUCACACCGUCAUUCCUCUUCUAUGUCCUACAACAGUUCUGCUCGUCAAAGCCCUCUUAGCUAUCAGUCAAUGUCGCCGAGUCCUUCAAAUUCACCGAUGAUGUACCACUCCCGAUCACAGUCCAAUCCUAAUUCGCGUCAAGUCCCUCUCUUCGAUUCUACUUCACCACAGCACCCGUCCUAUAGUCUAAUGACAGAAUUCAUUCUAUUGUUCUUCAAUAAUUUACAUCAAGAAUACUCCUUUGUUGCCUACGACGACGUUUACAGAGAUUACAAUCAACGUAGAAUGUCGCCAUCUUUGGCUAAUUGCAUUGCGGCCUUCGCUGUGAGGUUCUCAACGAAUCCUGAUCUAACAGUACGCGGACUGCAUAAUGUCGCGGAAACGUACGCGAAUAACGCCAAGACAGCUGUUAAUGCCGUCUCCCACAUUCCUAGUGUAGACACUCUACAUGCUUUGAUGUUGAUGGCAUGGUAUGAAUACAAAGCAAACAGGAUCAACUCAUUUCGAGAUUACGCCCAAUUAAGUACGCGUAUGUCCACCCAGCUCGGCUAUGCCACCGCCAGCAGUGGCCAUGAGGGUGAACGUCGAACACAAACAAUGAAGGCCCUGUAUCAUCUGCAACUAGUCGCCUCGCAAUAUCAUUAA